AUGACAGCCCAUUCACCCUCACUCGCUCUCUCUCUCUGCUCCUCUCUCUAUAUCUAUUACCUCCUUCACUUCCCUCUCUAAACCCAAACUCCUCACUUUCUCUCUCUUGCUUGCGAAGAACAAACACAUUCCCACAAACUUCCAACGCAAAAUGAGUAGGUUGAUUUUGUUAUUGGCUCUCUGUGUCCUCCCGGCGCUCGUUAGCGCACGCUUCGUCGGCAAUCCAUUUCUGGUCCGAGGCAAAGUCUACUGCGACACUUGCUGCGCCGGAUUCGAGACCGACAAAACCCCCUACAUCGCUGGUGCAACGGUUAGAAUCGAGUGCAAGGAUAGGAAAACUGAAGAUCUCAAGUACAGCAUCGAGGGGGUGACGAGCUCAGCCGGGAUAUACAACAUCGAGGUCUCCGGUGACCGCGGUGACGAUGUGUGUGAUGUGAAGGUUGUUAGCAGCCCACAGUCCGACUGUGCUACACCGAGCAGCGGACGUGACCGUGCUCGAGUUAUUCUCACCCGAUACAACGGCAUUGUACCCGACAUCCGUAACGUCAAUUCCAUCGGCUUCCAGAGGAAUGAGCCCAUGGCCGGUUGCACCGAGUUGCUCAAGAAAUACAUGGUAGAUGAAGAUGAAUAGAACAAGUGUGGUUGGUCUUUUCACGUGUUAAUUGUUUCUCCAUGGUUGUGUUGUCUCUUUAGUUUAUGAGACUCUGUUUCAUUAUUUAUUUAUGUUUCAUUUAUGUAGCUUGUCACUUAAUUGUGGCUGGCAUAUCUCUAGCUUCUUACUAAUUACCGAUAUAUUAUUAGCAAAAUAGAAUCAAUGUUUUCUGAGAUUAACUUGCCAUUUGCAAGAGUAUAUUGUGGGUGAGAAUAAAUUUUUCUUAGUAAUGAUAUGUAUUGAUUUAUGAGUCUCCUAACUAAUUAGGAGAUCUACUUA